GUCUAACCGUUUUAACGUUCAUGUCAAGUAUCCAAACUUCAAAGCACUGCUUCUAAGGCUCCAAAGCUUCGAGCACUGCUUGAUAAUCGAGGCUUCAGAGGACUCCAAAAUAUAGACAUUUGUUUAUAAUUCGUCGCUGAUUGCCUGUUAGUUCAGUUGGAUACAGUAUUAAAUACCGGAAUAGUCGUCAAAGAAGUAGCAGUAACAACGUAAAGACAGGCGCUGAUGCGUGUUUAUACAUUGUUUCUGUCUUUUCCCGAUGGCGUCCAACGUGCUCGGUCUUCAUGGUUCUGCCCUGUCGACAAGUUACGUCCACGAGCUCAACGAAACGUUCUGACCAGAUGAAGAUGAAACGCACAAAGCUCGACGUCAUCAACGCGACCGUUGAAUCCUAUCUGAAGCGUCGACGCUACCAGGACAUAGACAUAUUUAAGAAACCAGAAAAGACUUACUGUCGCAGUAGUGAGGAGAUGACGUUGAGUGUUACAGCCGAGUGUAGUACUUCCAGAGAUAAUUCCAUAGUUUUCAGUGCAAUUUCUAACGAUGUAACAGCAGCAGAUCAAGCUUAUCAAAAGCUAAAGCAUUGUAUAAAUGGACUGUCAAGUGAUAAACUUAAAAUGGAAUUAAAAAGUAUUUUAUAUCCAGUGUUCUGUCACCUAUAUCUUGAAAUGCUUCAUGCUGGCAAUCGGCAAGCAGCUGUGCAGUUUAUGAAGAGUCAUCAGGCAGACUUUAAUUCUGAUACAGAGAGGGAUUUCUUGGAAGAACUAUCGAGUGUCUUUUCUAUACAAGAUAUUGAACUGCGACCUUUUGUUAAUGCCUUUAGAACUAGAAAAUAUAAAGUUGAUUUGUCAGAUGAAGCCCAUAUUAUCUUACAAAAAUUCUUGACUAAGCAUGGCCAUGUUAUUUUGAUGCAGGUAAUUAAUACUCAUGUUACGGUGAUUAAAAACCUAUCGGACCUGUACUCCGUGGUCGAUGAAAACAAAGAGGAAAACGAGAAGAAAGGUGACAUAACGAUAAAUGGCCACGUCGAGCAGCCCUGUGGCACCGGCGUUGAUCGCGAGAUGCGCGAGUUACAGGAAGCUAUCAGAUUGAUGCGAAAUAGUGCUCACCAACCGCUUCGGAUAUUCGCGGUUAAUAAUGCCAUUGAAAAUGCUAGUUGCGGUAUUAUUACAUCGAGUAUGGAUAAAUUAGCUGCAGGCUUCAGUACAGCAGAAAUUAGACUUUGGGGUAUCGGUGAAACAGUUCUUACAAGGCCAAGGUUUAGAAAUCCGAGUAUUAAAUUGGCUUGUAAUCAUUCGUCCACGGUUGAAGCAUUAGACGACGAUGAAAUCGAUGAAGCUGGUGCAGUUGUACUCAGAGGUCACUCGGAUGUUAUCCAUGACAUGAGAUUUAUUGCUGAGCCUGAGGUUCUUCUUUCGGUAUCUAGCGACAGAGACAUGAGAGCUUGGAGACUCAACGAUUAUACUUGUGCAGCUGUUUAUAGUGGUCAUAAUUAUCCUAUAUGGUGUAUGGAUACAAGUGUAUUUAAUUUGUAUAUAGCAACUGGUUCGCAUGAUAGGACAGCCAAACUAUGGUCGUUAGACAGAACUUUUCCACUUAGGAUAUAUGCUGGUCAUUUUAUGGAUGUGAAUUGCGUAAGGUUUCAUCCAAAUACUCGGUACUUGGCAACUGGUUCAUCUGAUAAAACUGUUCGACUUUGGGAUAAAGAUGAUGGUAAUUUGAAAAGGGUAUAUGUAGGUGCUCAGUCAACGAUCUUUAGCCUUGCCUUUAGUCCUGAUGGAAAGUACCUGGCUUCUGCUGGCGAUGAUAAAUGUAUAUCGAUUUGGGAUUUAACAACGAACGCGAUGCUUACGGAAUUAAAAGGUCAUCAGGACUCAGUGAUGAAUUUAGAUUGGAGCUCUGAUGGUGAGUUUAUAGCUAGUUCUAGUUUGGAUGGUGUAGUACACUUAUGGUCAACUCAGGAGUAUAUCAAGACUGGAAAUACUGGCUCAUCGAAUCCCACAUCUACUGUCAAUCCUCAAGCAUAUGCAACAAAUUGCUCAAGCAUUCUUUCGCUACGUUAUUACGGCAAAAAUAAUUCAUUUGUUUGUAUCGGCACGACGUAACUUCUCGCGUAAAUAUUAGCAAUAAUAGUUCUUUAAACCAAAUAUAAUUAAAUUCAUUAAAGAAUUGAAAAGCCAUGUUGACCUUUCUUCGAUCGAUAGCUCAGUGGGGGUUCCGUAAUUCUAUUGAAACUAUGGUACCAUUGUGGCUGUGACAAAAACUCAAUUAGUAUUCUCAUCAUAAACUACUUACUAUUAAAUGAAAAUGUAAAUAAAAAUCUACGACUUUAAAGUAUACAUGUGAUGAAAAAAGAAAAAUGAACUAAAGUAAGGAAGAGCAUCAUCAAAUUUUAAAGUGUUACUUCCUAUUACUAACAUAAGCAAUGAAGAAAAUUUUUGUAUAAUUUAAGUUAACAUGUAUGACAAAAAUCAAUAUCUGUGGGCAUGCGAUUUUUCAGUUUCAUUUGCAUGUAGAUCAAAGUCGUUUUAUAUU